AUGGACGCUAGCAGUUGUAGGCCCAGUGGAGCCGCUCUACCAACAACCCGGCUACUCCCGAUACGCACGCAACGAUCAGCAGUGGCCGAAUGGACGACGACGGACUAUUCCGCGACCGCGGCGGCAGCGGAGGAGGAGCCCUUGAGCCCCACUGCAAGGCUCAUGGAAACCAUACACAUCAUCGUCACCGUCGGCCUUGGCUGCCCCGUAAACCUCCCCGUCUUCAGCGCCGGCAUCGCCGCCCAGCUUGCCCGCUACCCACGCUUCCGUAGCAUCCAAGUGACAGACGGCUCAAAAGGCCCACGGUGGGUGCGGACGGCGGUGAACGUGGACGACCACAUGAUCGUCCCGACGCUGCACCCCGUCGCCGUGGAGGCCGACCCGGACCGGGCCUUGGAGGACUACGUGGCCUCGCUGUACACUCUCCCCAUGGACCGCUCCCGUCCACUCUGGGAGUUCCACUUCCUAGACUUCCCAACAUCCGAGGCGGCCUCCACCGCGGUGAUCCGCCUGCACCACUCUCUCGGUGACGGGAUGUCGCUGAUCACGCUGCUCCUGGCGUCCGCCCGGAGCGUCGCCGACCCAACACGCCUGCCGGCCAUGCCGGAGCAGCCGGCGCGCACUGGCGCCAUCUACGUGCCACGGCGCCGGCAGCCCCCGGCCGCAGGUGUCCUGGCAGCGUUCGUCACAUGGAUCUGGUCGUAUCUUGUGCUCGUAUGGAACACCAUGGUAGACUUUGCCAUCUUUGCUGUGACCAUUGUGUUCCGUAGAGACCUGCACACGCUCUUCAAACGUGUGGACGGCGACGUCACGUCCAACCGCAGCAGGCGCUUUGUGCACCGGAGUCUUAGCUUGGACGAUGUCAAGCUCAUCAAGAAUGUCAUGAACUGCACUGUCAAUGAUGUGCUAGUCGGGGCGACUUCGGCAGCUCUGUCACGAUAUUACUUUCGCAAGUCUGGUUCCUCUAAGGCCAGCAAACUAUGUUUGCGGUCUGUUCUCCCUGUCAAUACAAGACCAACCACUAGCCUACAAACCUAUGUUGAUAUGAUAGAAUCCGGUAAGAGUAACCAUGUGGCAUGGGGAAAUCAACUAGGCUACAUCCUCCUUCCAUUUCAUUUAGCGAUGCACAGUGAUCCACUUGCAUAUGUUCGCAAGGCAAAGAAGAUCAUCGAUAGGAAAAAGAGCUCACUUGAAGUUAUCUUCACGUGUAAGAUGAAUGCAUUUUUUGUCAAAAUGUUUGGCAUGAAGGUGGCCUCUUUUAUCUAUCAACGCAUGUUCGCCAAUACAACUUUUUUGUUCUCAAACAUGGUUGGACCAACUGAACAAAUAGAGUUCUACGGGCACCCAAUUGUCUUCAUUGCACCUUGUAGUUAUGGAGGUCCACAUGCCUUGGUUGUGCAGUACCAGAGUUACGAUAACACUAUUAAGGUAAUUCUGUCAGUCGACGAUGAAGUGAUUCCAGAUUAUGCUCAACUUUUGGAUGACUUCACUGAGUCCUUCGGGCGCAUUAAGGAUGCGUCUUCAAGGCUUUCAGCAUCCAUGAUCAAGAAAGAGUAA